CACUUCGGCUUCAAUUUAUUUGCAUUUUAUAUGUAUGUGCAAAAAGAGAAAAUAAUAUUUAAAAUCCAUAGAUGUGUACAUCAAUAACGAAUGUUAUUCUUAUACAUCACUAUGAAAGAUGAAAAUCAAAUUGUCCGAAAUAUUCGUGAUUUCAACAGACUUCUUUUAUUCCUCUUUCUAAUUAAUAAAAAAAGUUGAGAGUUGAAAGGAUUAAUCGGAUGAGAUCGGAAUGAAGGUGAUCUAUGACAAGUCCAUUGGCCGUUUCAUGUACUCAUAUAUAAGUACCAUCACGGAAGGCGGUGGUCGAGGGCGAUAUGGAGCAACGGAGCGGCGGAGAAUCCGCAAUUAUUCAAUCGUGGCCCGUGAAGCUGCGUUUGACGCGUCGUUCUUUCACCGUCACAGACGUUUCGUAGAGCGCGCAGAAGAAACGGCACAUCCGUAAUUUCGUCGCCGCAUCGUCGCGCAAUCUCGAAAUCACGGUAAUCGCGCGAGAUCAAAGGGAUCGGAACGAACGGAUUUUGUACUACCAGAUUUGACUUCAGUCUCAUCGUGACUUUUCUGUUAAUUUUUCGUGUUUCCGUGUGAUUUCGAAAAAUUUGACGGGCACGUCUGUAACACGUGACUUUCUAACUUAACAGCAUACAUGGACGUUUAAAAACGUGACAGUUUCGUGAAUAUCUGUGCGUCUAUGAAUGUGUCUACAUUUUAAAAAUUUAUAAAAACGUGAUACUUUAGUGAAUAUCUGUGUACCUAUAAAAUUUAUAAUAAGACGAAUUAAACUUGAAAUAAAUAUCAUUUAUCUCUUUGACGUGCUCUUUACGAGUUAAAUAUCUGUUUCGUCGUGCGGACAGAUUGAUUUUUACGUGAGAUUUCGCGGUCUUAUAAUUCUAAAUAUUCGAAUCGGUGCGUAAAUGUAACGUUCGCCAGAUUUCUGUGGGAUGUUGAAGAACUCAUGCGCGACGGGAAAUAAUUUUGACUAAUCUGGGCCGAUUUGCGAAUUUCCAUAAGUCCGUUUGAUAUUCGAGUUACUGAAUACCGAACAUCGAAAAAAUGUAAUAAUAGCCACAAAAUACAAAAUUUAUCAGAUGUGAAUAUCUGAUUGGAGGAUACAAUUUUUGCUCGACAAAACAAAUUCGAGGUGCAAUGGAUACGACAGAUAAUCGGCGAACGUUCGACUUGGUCGAUUCGAUCGUGUUUAUCGGGUUGCUGGGCGUCUCUGCUCUCGUUGGCGUCUAUCAGUGUUACGCGUCCAGGAAGAAGGAAGACGCCGUGGGAGAGUACCUUGUAGGCAGUCAAAAGAUGUCUAUAUUUCCGAUAAGCAUGUCACUAAUAGCAAGCUACGUGUCGGGCAUAGCGAUGCUGGGAUUGCCGGCCGAAAUGUACGUUUACGGCACGCAAUUAUGGUGCGUCGUGAUCGCGGAUAGUUUUGUAUCCGUGACAGUGGCGAUUGUAUACCUGCCGGUUUUCUACGAACUCCGAAUUACGUCGUCUUACGAGUAUCUGGAGUUAAGAUUCAAUCGAGUGGUCAGGCUCAUGGGAUCUGUUAUCUUCAUCAUCAAAAUGCUGCUUUACAUACCAAUGGUGAUAUAUGUACCGGCGCUAGCCUUCAACCAGGCGACCGGAAUGGAUCUCUACACGAUCGCGUUAGUGGUCUGCGCCGUGUGCAUCUUCUAUACGACGUUGGGUGGUUUGAAGGCGGUCGUCUGGACAGAUACUAUUCAGACGGCGAUGAUGUUCGGUGCCGUCAUCACGGUUGUCAUCCUCGGCACCGCCAGGGUCGGCGGUGUGGCGGAGGUGUGGAGAAGGAACACCGAUACCGGAAGGAUCGAGUUCUUCAACAUGGAUCUGGAUCCUACGACAAGGCACACUUUCUGGGGCGUGGUGGUUGGCAAUUAUUUAAAUUGGCUGGCCACGUGCUCGGUGAACCAAGCGAUGAUGCAGCGAUGCCUGGCAAUGCCAAACUUGAGGAAGUCCAAUGUGGCGAUUAUGAUAAUGGCCAUAGGCAUAGUCAGCAUUGUCUCGUUAUGUUGCUAUACGGGAAUCGUCAUCUACGCGGCCUUUUAUGACUGCGACCCGGUCACGACGAAGCAAAUACGAAAGCCCGAUCAGCUGUUACCAUAUUUCGUGAUGGAAUUAUCAGAGGCGAUACCAGGGUUACCAGGAUUAUUCGUUUCCGGUGUAUUCAGCGCGGCAUUGAGCACAAUGUCGACCGGAUUGAAUUCCAUGUCGGGCGUGAUCUAUGAAGACAUGAUCAAGCCGUGUCUCCGUAAGCCGAUCUCCAACGUCGGCGCGAGCCGCAUAAUGAAAGCCACGGUUGUAAUAAUAGGAGCCAUUUGCGUGGGCCUCGUAUUCAUGGUGGAGAAACUGAGCGGUUUGAUUCAGGCUGGUAAAAGCUUAUCGGGAAUAACCGCCGGGCCCUUACUCGGAAUGUUCACGUUGGGCAUGCUGUUCCCAAUGGCCAACUCCAUGGGAGCAUUCGUCGGUGCGCUGGUUGGUGUGAACUUGGUCGCUUGGAUCUCGUUCGGCACGCAGGCGGCGAUCUCCAACGGGUCGAUUUAUUUCCCGGUGAAACCGGUGUCGGUGGAUGGAUGCACCGAGUCGUUGAGGAGCACCGCCGGAAACCUCACGACGAUCAUCGAGACCGCUGUCAGGGAACAACCUUUCUUCCUGUACAGAAUGUCUUAUCUCUGGUACACGUGGGUGGGUUUUCUAAUUACAAUUCUAGUGGGUCUGCUGGUCUCGUGGUUCACGGGUCCGUCUAAGUACAGUCGCGCAGACAAGAGAUUAUUUACACCCAUUAUACACGGUCUUCUACGUUCGAGUGAUCCUCAGAAAGUGGUACGUAAUAAUUUCUGCGAUCCUCAAUCAGAAGAAACCUCAUCACUAAUAUAUAAUCUUGUUUUUCUUAUCACUAAUAUGUAACCUUGUUUUUUUCCUUUUUCCUCUCUUUUUACAGAACGAGGCUGAACUUACGAAAGUGUCGAACGAUAUGAACGAUAUAACGACGCAAACUUCUUCAAAAUGUUAGCCGUUAUCUCUCUGUUCUCACAAUUUGCAGUUCAGCCGGGUAAAAAUGUGUACAAUCAUACAUGUCAAAUUUGUGUAUUCGACUUAGUCCCGAUAUCUCAUAAAAUUAUAUUACAAACUACGACUCGCAAUCGUCUGACGACACAGAUGAUGCCGUUGUAUAUUACGUCGCAUUGGUUUAAUGACUUAAACCUCACAGUGCACCGUCAUCGAUCAAUCGCAAUAUAAGGCGGGACUAAAUUCGAAUAAAACUCGUUACGCGCGCGCAAAUUAAUCUUAUGUAAAACCCACUAUUUAAAUUCAGGCAGUGAUUCAAAGUUGCCGACUCAAUUUCAUACGCUAUACAUUGUAUACCGCCUAAUUUAACAAGAUUUAAUUAGGCCGACAGUAAAUGUACAAAGAGAACGAACGUUAGUCUAAUAUAUUUGCAUGUUUACUCGUGUAUACGUUGAAGAAAUGAUCUUUGCGCGAUCGAAUACUGCUUCUCGUGGCAUAAAUUUUUAGGCAAUGGAUAAACGCAUCUAUCUAUAUUGUAAAAUCUACCAAAAUAUUCGGCGCCAGAGCGUAAAAUAUAAUGAUUAAUAUACAUUAAUAAAGUCGAUCUAUCCUGAUA